AUGGAAGGUGGCGAGAAGAAGCAAACGGAGCCAUCGAACGACGCGAUGGAUUCGUCGGAACCAGUGAAGGAGAACCCUGGCGCCGGCCGGUUCUACGAUUGCACGUUCUGCAGGAGAGGUUUCACCACAGCGCAAGCGUUGGGCGGCCAUAUGAACAUCCACCGAAAGGAUAGAGCCAGGACGAGAGUCUCCGGCAAGAAAGACGGUGAAGGAUCAGGUAGUGGCGGCGCUUCUUAUGACCCCGUCGUGGACCACCAACGCUCUUAUCCUCCGGUGCCUCGUCCUGUGUGCUUCGUGUCAUCGAGUUCUUCGGGUCGAGAAGUAGCAUCACCACUUGGUGCCGACAGGAGUUUGCAGACCAGGCCGAGCGAACCAACUCGUUCUAGUGGCGAGGGGGGAUUGCUCCCACAGAUGCAUGAAAGGACGGUAAAGAAUAGAGGAGAGGAGAACGAGGAGGAAGAUGAUGAGAUGGAAGAAGUGGAUUUGGAACUUCGACUCGGCCAUGACCCAUGA